AUGAACAAACCCAUAAUCAUCCUCGGUGAUCUUAACUGUAAUACACUAAAAGAAUGUCCUGAAAACAAGGCGCUCACUGAUAUUUCAAUAGAAUUAAACCUAACCCAAAUUAUUACCACACCAACCAGAAUCAUAGACCGCAGCCAGUCACUUAUUGAUGUUAUUCUCAUUUCCAACCCUGACCUGGUAUGCGACAGUGGCGUCAUCGACACAGCGAUAAGUGACCACCUCCCCGUCUUCGCCACGUUGAAGUUGAGACUACCCAAGCCUCCUUCACGUUUCAUCACUGUGCGCAGUUUUAAAAACUAUGACCCUUCGUUGUUCUCUGCUGCCCUGGCCUCCAACUCUAGCAACUUGUUAUCCAUAUUUACUAAACCUGAUGUUGACUCGAAAUUAGCAACAUUCAACAGUGUUCUUCUUUCCACCCUUGAAGCUCAUGCUCCUGUCAAGCGUAUCAAGAUCCGUAGCCGUCCUUGUCCCUAUGUCACCACUGAAAUUAAAGAUCUCAUGAAUACCAGGGACCGAAUACUUCGCCGUUUCAAAACUACACGUGACGACAAUGACUGGCAUAUCUAUAAGGAAGCUCGGCAAACGGUAAAAACCACACUAAGAAACGCAGAGAGAAACUACAUCCGUAAUGAGGUACAAACUCACAAAGAUAAACCGGGUUGUCUUUGGAAAAUUAUUAAUAAAGUUAUACCAUCCAAAGAGAGACCCACUCUAACAUACGGUAAAGACCAUAAAUCGGUAGCAGACGAUUUCAACCAGUUCUUUUCGUCAGUAGGGAGAAAAACAGCUGAAGAAGCUACCCGGCUAGCUUUGGAAAAUAAUAUUAACAUUUCCACCACAAGCCGUCCAUCCACACCACCUGGAAAUUCCCCUGACGACCUGUUCUAUUUCCGUCCUGUUACCUGCACAGAAGUACAAAAUAUUAUUCUAUCUAUGCCCUCCAACAAAUCUCCUGGUCUCGAUAAGAUCAAUAUGCGGGUCAUUAAAGAUUCGUUACCAGUUAUUUUAGGCCCCCUAACAGACAUAAUCAAUUGUUCCCUCAACACAUCUACAUAUCCCAAAGCAUGGAAAAAGGCUGAAGUUAUACCUCUGUUAAAAGAUGGUGACCAUGAGCAAGCUUCAAACAAUCGCCCUCUUUCGCUUCUACCCGUUGCUUCUAAAGUCUGUGAGAAAAUUGUGCUCAGUCAAUUCAACACGUACUUAACGAGAAACAAUCGUUUGUCCUCCCACCAAAGUGGCAACAAGAAACACUUCUCCACAGAAACACUGUCUAUUUUUGUGAAUGACACUAUUUUGAAAGCGAUGGAUAAUAAGAAGUUAACUGCACUUGUGCUUUUAGAUUUGUCUAAAGCAUUUGACAGUGUCAAUCACAAUAUCCUACUUCAAAAAUUGGAACGCAUCGGAGCGUCUAAACCCUCAUUGAGAUGGUUUGGUAGCUACCUAAAUGGACGAUCACAAGUAGUACGUAUUGGUUCAACUUCAUCUUCUCCCCUUAACCUCACCCACGGCGUACCACAAGGAGCGAUACUUUCACCCUUACUCUUCUGCAUAUACAUGAAUGAUCUCCCACUAUCACCACGCAGUAGCUCCCUUGAAUCAUACGUUGAUGACUCCAAGGUUUUCCUAUCCUUUCCGAUUAAAGACACUACUUCCACCAAAGCGAAUCUGGAAGAAGACCUUUGUCUUGUAGCUAAAUGGUGUUCGACUAAUCAUUUAUUGAUCAACCCAGAGAAAACCAAGUUUCUUCUUAUUGGCACACCCCAGUUGUUAAAAGAACUACCUUCGUCAAUGACUCUCUCAUUCCUAGGUAAAGACAUUAUUCCUGUGUUCAGUGCAAAAGAUCUGGGAGUUACCCUAGAUUCGCAUUUAUCGUACAACGAACAUAAAAAUCUUGUCUCAUCGUGUACUGCAAAACUUUGUCAAAUUAACAGAGUGAAAGACAGUUUUGAUAAAGAAACGCUCAAACUCAUCAUUUCAUCACUUGUUAUCAGUAAAUUAUUCUACUGUUCUUCUACAUGGUCCAAUACAUCUUCCACAAACAUUAGCAAGCUCCAAGCAGUACAGAACUUGGCAUGCAGGAUUAUUACAAACACUAGAAAGUUUGACCACAUCACUCCUGCGCUACGUCAGAUUAGUUGGCUACCUGUCAAAGAACAACUUAUUCUCAGAGACUCAAUUAUGACGUACAAAUGCAUGAACUCACUUGUCCCACAAUAUUUAAGCGAAAAAUUUUCGAAACGAUCUUCGAUACACAGCAGACUCACGAGAAACCAAGAUACGCUGCAAAUCCCUUUCAACCGAACCGCCACUGGACAACGUUCCUUUCACUACAGGGCUGUUAAUCUUUGGAAUGGCCUGGAUGAAAAUAUCAAAGAAGCAAGAUCUCUCCGCCAUUUCAAGAAGUUAAUGAAAAACAAUCUGUUAGACCACUAUUUUAACAAUUAA